GUGACAGGAGGCAGGAUGAGGCCGUACCGAGCAGUGGCACCGCUGUUGCUGCUCCUGCUGCUGGGACUGGCCAAGGCCACCACGCCGGGGCCGGAUGGAUCCACGCCGGGGUUGACCGGAUCCAUCCCGCCAUCCCCGCCUGGACUCUGGACCGUCAGCUACGGGGAUGCCGUCUCGGCCGCCGUGGAGUUGCUCAACGCCAGGGCCAUCAGUCCCUACGUCUUGCGGCUCCGGGAGGCCCACCACCAGCCCGGCUGGCCCAGUGACCUGCAGCAACGCCAGGAGCUGAGCUUCACCGUCGAGGAGACCACGUGCCAGGCUCCGGGGAUGGCCACCGCCGCCUGCAAGAGCCGCUGGCUCGGGUCGGUGACUUGGUGCCGGGGCUCCGUCUUCCUCGAGCAGCAGCAGCCCACGGUCGAGCUCUCCUGCGAGAGGGUGCCCGCCACGCUCGGCCGUGUCCACGUCAACAGAUUCAAGGAUUUUUUUGCCAAGAUCAAGGAGCGUUUCAGGGGCUUCUUCCGACGCGGGAAGGUCUGGAUCCGCGACAAGCUCAACCUCAAAAAACCCAAACCCUGAGCGGGUGACAUCGUGUGUGUGUGUCCCCCCCCUCACCGCCGUGCCCCCCGCCCGGGCGCUCUGCUGGCAAUAAAUGUCCCUGCAACGCUGCCGGUGUCACCCUGCGGGUCCCUGCGCCGCCCCGUCCCCCCUGCGCCCCCCCCAGCGAGUGGGGACGGUCCCUGAGGUCCCCCAAAUCCCACCCUGUGCCCAGACGGGGGGCUCCGAGGGUGCUGGGGUGAAGC